ACUGCCUCCAACAAGUCACUCCAGCUCAAGCAAGCUACUCCAAUUACGACCAAGAUGAUGAUCAGCAAGACGAUCUAUGCAUUGUGUGCGGCAGCUGUGGCGUUCUCUGGUGGUACAGUGGAUGCGACGACGGAGGUGGCGGAGACGUUUGGCUGGCUAUUGCCGAAGAGCCACAACACUGACGGUGGCUACGGAGGUGCUAGUGUCGGCACAAACGGAUAUGAAGGCGCGUCCGCGGGGAUAAGUGGAUAUGGCGGACUGUCUUUUCUAAAGGCACUUGGCGGUCUCAAGGCUGGUGCUGGUGGCUACGGCGCUACGGGCGUGGAUCUCAACGCAAAUGCUGGUCUCGGUGCACUUGGUUACGGCAAUGCCAACGCCGGCACCGGUCUCGAUGCUCGUGCCGGCAUCAACGCGAACGCAGGCCUCAAGGCGAAUGCUGGACUUCAGGCUGGUGCUGGUCUCAAUACCGGAGCGGGUCUUGACGCCAAUGCAGGUUUGAAAGCGAACGCCGGACUCAACGCUGGUGCUGGACUUAAUGCUGGUGCCGGUCUCAACGUUGGUGCUGGCCUCAGCGCUGGUGUGGGUCUUAACGCCAAUGCAGGAUUGAAAGCGAACGCCGGACUCAACGCUGGUGCCGGACUCAACGCUGGUGCCGGACUCAAUGCUGGUGCCGGUCUCAAGGUUGGUGCAGGUCUCAAUGCUGGUGCCGGUCUCAAUGCUGGUGCCGGUCUCAACGUUGGUGCUGGUCUCAAUACCGCAAAUGCCGGACUCAACGCUGGUGCCGGUCUCAAGGUUGGUGCCGGACUAAACGUUGGUGCUAGCCUCACCGCCGGUACGGGUCUUAACGCCAAUGCAGGAUUGAAAGCGAACGCCGGACUCAGCGCUGGUGCCGGACUCAACGCUGGUGCCGGACUCAACGCUGGUGCCGGCCUCAAUCCUGGUGCCGGUCUCAACGUUGGUGCUGGCCUCAGCGCUGGUGUGGGUCUUAACGCCAAUGCAGGAUUGAAAGCGAACGCCGGACUCAACGCUGGUGCCGGACUCAACGCUGGUGCCGGACUCAACGCUGGUGCCGGCCUCAAUGCUGGUGCCGGUCUCAAGGUUGGUGCAGGUCUCAAUGCUGGUGCCGGUCUCAACGUUGGUGCUGGUCUCAAUACCGGUGCGAGGUUUAACGCCAAUGCAGGAUUGAAAGCGAGCGCCGGACACAACGCUGGUGCCGGCCUCAAUGCUGGUGCCGGUCUCAAGGUUGGUGCUGGUCUCAAUGCUGGUGCCGGUCUCAACGUUGGUGCUGGCCUCAACGCCGGUGCGGGUCUUAACGCCAAUGCAGGAUUGAAAGCAAAUGACGGACUCAACGCUGGUCCCAGCCUCAACGCUAAUGCCGGCCUCAGUGCUGGUGCCGGUCUCAACGCUGGUGCUAGUUUGAAUACUGGUGCCGGCACAAGUGUGAAGAAGGGCACCAACACGGACAGCUACUCGAAGGGAACGAGUGCCAUCUCUUCGUUAGCCCCAGAGAAGACAGCUAACCAAGCUUCUCAGAUGGCUACUCAGACGUCCACGAAGCCCAGCACUUACCGCCACCUGCGCGCGUAAACUAGGAAUGAUGGUCAUCCUUUCCAAGUCAGAAGAACGCCAUCCAUUACACUCGUCCGAUGUGUCGAGACAUUUACCGCUCCGUGCGAUACCAGUCCAAUGAAUGCUUUGUAGUAGUCGUCAUUUACGACUUUGAAUGCUUUGUGAGUUCAUGACGCCUUUUGUACGAUCAUUGUUCUUGUCACUAAAUACCAGGUUUUGUAGUAGUCGUCAUUUACGAUUUUAAAUGCUAUGUGAGUUCAUUACACCUUUA